CGAGCCCGGAGCGUGCACGCACCGAGACGCCUUGCGGGAGCGAGCGCGUCCGGGAGCCCGCGGGCCGAGAAGCGCUGCGGGUUGGGAGACCCGCGACUCAGGAUUCCAAGAUUGGAAAUAACUGUACAGAGGACCUGGUACAACUCCCCUUUGUCUUACAGAUAAGGAAAUUGACACCUGGCAAGAUUUUCUUUGGAACAUAAACAAUGGAUUCCUUGGACCAUAUGCUGACGGAUCCCUUGGAACUGGGUCCAUGUGGAGAUGGCCAUGGCACUCGUAUUAUGGAAGACUGCCUCCUGGGGGGCACCAGGGUUAGUCUGCCCGAGGACCUUUUGGAGGACCCUGAGAUAUUCUUUGAUGUAGUCAGCCUCUCAACAUGGCAAGAAGUAUUGAGUGACUCUCAACGUGAACACCUCCAGCAGUUUCUGCCUCGCUUUCCUGAAGACAGUUUUGAGCAGCAAAAUCAGCUCAUCCUAGCCCUAUUCAGUGGGGAGAACUUCCGCUUUGGGAACCCUCUGCACAUUGCCCAGAAGCUUUUCCGAGACGGACACUUCAACCCGGAGGUGGUCAAGUACCGGCAGCUGUGCUUCAAGUCCCAGUACAAGCGCUACCUGACGUGCCAGCAGCAGUACUUCCACAGGCUGCUCAAGCAGAUCCUGGCCUCCCGGAGCGACCUACUGGAGAUGGCCCGACGGAGUGGCCCAGCCCUUCCCUUCCGCCAGAAGCGCCCUUCACCGUCCCGUACCCCUGAGGAGCGGGAGUGGCGGACCCAGCAGCGCUACUUAAAGGUCUUGAGGGAAGUGAAGGAGGAGUGUGGUGACACAGACCUGUCAUCUGAUGAAGAGGCCACGUUGGAUUUACAAGAAAAAUUUUCUUUUGAAGAUCUCAGCUCAUGGCUUCCGAGCUCUCCAGCGCGUUCUCCUAGCCCUGCGGUGCCCCUGAGGGUGGUGCCCACGCUUUCAACCACGGAUAUGAGAACUGCAGAUAAAAUAGAACUGGGGGACAGUGACCUGAAGAUAAUGUUAAAGAAGCACCAUGAGAAGCGGAAACAUCAACCAGAUCAUCCGGACCUUUUGACAGGGGACCUCACUCUGAAUGACAUCAUGACUCGAGUAAAUGCUGGCAGGAAGGGCUCUCUAGCAGCCCUAUAUGACUUGGCUGUCCUUAAAAAAAAGGUUAAGGAAAAAGAGGAGAAGAAGAAGAAGAAAAUAAAACUGAUCAAAUCAGAGGCAGAGGAUUUGGCCGAACCCUUAAGCAGUGCUGAUGGGAUCCCACCUCUCUCCCAGGCCCCUUCUCCGCUGGCUAUACCCGCCAUCAAGGAGGAGCCUCUUGAAGAUCUCAAACCUUGCCUUGGAAUCAAUGAAAUAUCUUCCAGUUUCUUCUCUCUUCUGUUAGAGAUCUUGCUGCUAGAGGGGCAAGCUAGCCUUCCUAUGCUGGAGGAACGGGUUUUGGAUUGGCAGUCCUCUCCAGCCAGCUCCCUCAAUAGCUGGUUCUCUGCGGCCCCCAACUGGGCAGAGUUGGUGUUACCAGCUCUGCAGUAUCUUGCUGGGGAAAGUCGGGCCGUACCUUCCAGUUUCUCUCCGUUUGUUGAAUUCAAAGAGAAAACCCAGCAGUGGAAAUUGCUUGGCCAGACCCAAGAUAAUGAAAAGGAAUUAGCUGCACUCUUCCAGCUAUGGCUAGAAACCAAAGACCAGGCUUUCUGUAAGCAAGAAAAUGAAGACAGCUCAGAUGCCACAACACCUGUUCCUCGGGUAAGAACUGACUAUGUGGUGCGGCCCAGCACAGGGGAGGAGAAACGAGUUUUUCAGGAGCAGGAACGCUACAGAUACAGUCAACCUCAUAAGGCGUUCACCUUUCGCAUGCAUGGCUUCGAGUCUGUAGUGGGGCCUGUGAAGGGUGUUUUUGACAAGGAGACCUCACUCAACAAGGCUCGGGAGCACUCCCUGCUACGCUCUGACCGGCCUGCCUAUGUCACCAUCCUGUCUCUUGUUCGAGAUGCUGCGGCCCGGCUGCCUAAUGGGGAAGGUACCCGGGCAGAGAUCUGUGAGCUGCUCAAGGACUCCCAGUUUCUCGCCCCAGAUGUCACCAGCACCCAGGUGAACACAGUGGUGAGCGGAGCGCUGGAUCGGCUGCAUUAUGAGAAAGACCCGUGUGUGAAAUACGAUAUUGGGCGAAAGCUGUGGAUCUACCUGCAUCGAGACCGGAGUGAGGAGGAGUUCGAGCGGAUUCACCAGGCACAAGCUGCUGCAGCUAAGGCGCGGAAAGCCCUUCAGCAAAAACCCAAGCCCCCGUCCAAGGUGAAAUCCGGUAGCAAGGAGAGUUCACUGAAGGUCCUCAGCAGUGGUCCCUCCGAGCAGAGCCAGAUGAGCCUCAGUGACUCCAGCAUGCCACCCACCCCGGUCACACCUGUGACCCCCACCACUCCAGCUCUGCCUGCCACUCCGAUCUCCCCUCCACCUGUGUCAGCAGUGAACAAAAGUGGCCCUACUACUGUCUCAGAACCAGCUAAAUCUAGCUCAGGUGUUCUUCUGGUGUCUUCACCGACAAUGCCACAGCUAGGAACAAUGCUUUCCCCGGCUUCCAGCCAGACUCCACCAAGUUCUCAGGCCCCUGCCCGUGUCGUGAGCCACUCUGGCUCGGCUGGACUGCCCCAGGUACGGGUGGUAGCCCAGCCGGGCCUUCCCACUGUGCCUCAGCAGUCCACAGGGCAGACACAGACACUGCCCCAGAUGCCGGCGGGACCACAGAUUCGCGCUCCAGCCGGCGCUCCACAGACCAAAGUCGUGCCCCAGACAGUUAUGGCCACUGUUCCAGUCAAAGCCCAGACUGCGGCAGCCACUGUGCAGCGUCCUGGCCCUGGGCAGACGGGGCUCACGAUGACCAGUCUCCCUGCCACAGCCAACCCCGCAAGCAAGCCAGCCACGAGUUCUCCCGGAAGCUCCGCUCCAAGUGCUUCCACGGCUGCUGUCAUUCAGAAUGUCACAGGACAGAACAUCAUCAAGCAGGUGGCCAUCACUGGGCAGCUCGGUGUGAAGCCCCAGACGGGCAACAGCAUUCCACUCACAGCCACUAACUUCCGUAUCCAGGGUAAGGAUGUCCUGCGUCUGCCGCCCUCUUCCAUCACCACAGAUGCCAAAGGCCAGACGGUUCUGCGAAUCACUCCGGACAUGAUGGCCACAUUGGCCAAGUCCCAGGUCACGACAGUCAAAUUGACCCAGGACCUCUUUGGGACAGGAAGCGGCACUGCGGGCAAAGGCAUUUCUGCUACCUUACACGUCACUUCCAAUCCGGUCCAUGCCACGGAGAGCCCUUCCAAGGCCAGUUCAGCCAGUGCCCCUUCGUCCACUCCAACAGGUACCACCGUGGUUAAAGUGACUCCUGACCUCAAGCCAACAGAAGCCUCAAGUUCAGCUUUCCGCUUGAUGCCAGCACUUGGUGUGAGUGUGGCAGACCAGAAGGUGAAAAACACGGUGGCUUCUUCAGAAGCAAAACCGGCUGCCACGAUCCGCAUUGUGCAGGGCCUGGGAGUGAUGCCCCCCAAAGCAGGCCAGACCAUCACAGUUGCGACCCAUGCCAAGCAAGGGUCCUCAGUGGCCAGUGGGUCUGGAACUGUCCAUACUUCAGCGGUGUCCUUGCCCAGUAUGAAUGCUGCUGUGUCCAAGACUGUGGCCGUGGCUUCUGGGGCUGCCAGUACGCCCAUCAGCAUCGGGACGGGAGCCUCUGCAGUGCGGCAGGUCCCUGUCAGCACCACGGUGGUUUCCACGUCCCAGGCUGGGAAGCUGCCCACGAGGAUCACGGUUCCACUGUCUGUUAUUAGCCAGCCUAUGAAGGGCAAAAGUGUGGUCACGGCCCCCAUCAUCAAAGGCAACCUUGGAGCCAACCUCAGUGGGUUGGGCCGCAAUAUCAUCCUCACCACCAUGCCAGCGGGUACUAAGCUCAUUGCUGGCAAUAAGCCUGUGAGUUUCCUCACUGCCCAGCAGUUGCAGCAGCUUCAGCAACAAGGUCAGGCCACACAGGUGCGCAUCCAGACUGUCCCCGCAUCCCAUCUUCAACAGGGAACAGCUUCUGGUUCCUCCAAAGCAGUCUCCACUGUCGUCGUGACCACAGCUCCAUCUCCUAAACAGGCACCUGAACAGCAGUGAUUCAGGGAGAGAGAGAUGGCGUCCGUGCACGCACUCAUGCACGCCCGCCCGGUCUGCCCUCCUGGCCGAGACGAGGGGAGCAGGGAGGCGGUGGCGUUCUUCUCAGCUUGCCUGGUUGGGGAAGCCCGGCAGUGGCAUGACGGCAUCCGUGGCCUGGAAUCUGCCACCAUACUCCACGGUGGAGCACACCGGAAAAGUCCCCGCCAGACUUCCCAGGGCUGUGUGGUUGUGAUCGGGAGAAGCUCCUCUGUCAGGGUUGCGUGAGGUCAUUGUUGUGCCACACGAGCCCCAGUUCUCUUCCUAAGAGCCAGACACCAGGGGCAGGUUCAUAGCCACAGAGUGUGCAGACCAGCAGGAAGCCAUGUUCUCUGUGGGGAUUGGAUUUUCUAGCUUCUGCUCUUCUCUGUGACUAGUGGUCUAGAUAGGAGUUUUGUGUCCAGAAAUUUUUAUGUAACUUAUUUUUUUAAAGAACCUGUUGUACAUGUUUAUCCAAUAGAAACUUGGGCUUUAGCCCUCUCCCCCCCACCCCUCAAACUGAGGACUUACUCUUGACCAUAAUGAGAGAAUAGCAGGAUUCUUAGUAAGUUGGUGGCUGACGUGAUCACUGCAUAGUAGUGGGGAGGCUUUAAGGUGGUCAGGAACCCUAGGGAGCGAGAGAAUGUGGGUUCCCUGAAAUGGUAUGAAUUUGGCACCACCUCAUAAAGAUGAGGCAUCAGGAUCUUGAUUGUGGUCCUUACCUGCACCUGCUGACUUGGUCCUCCUUGUCAAGCCUGUUCAAACCAAAGUCCAGAGUCAGUGGACAGAGUAAGCAAGUGCCAGCAGAAACGCUGCUGUCACAGCUCAGACGUUAUUACGGUUCAGAGAUGAUAGGUUUGCUUUGCUCCAGAGCAAGAGUCUGCAAACCACAGCCUCGGGGCUGGCUACCUGUUUUUGUAAAUAAAGUUUUAUUGGAACACA